AAGAGAGUACUAAAGAGAGAGAGUAGGAAGAGGAGGUCUUGUUCAUCUUUUUUCUACUUCUCUUUGGGGGUUGCCGAAGAGGAAACGGAGUUGGUGGAGAUUGUGAGGUUUUGAAGAGGGAAUACUUGGAAGAUAUCAAAUUUUCCCACUUGGAAUAGGAGAUGGAGUCCCGUGGGGGGUUUGACCCUGAAUCUGAUACGACUGAUGUUCUGCCUCCGCCUCCCCCUGAGGUACCUCCAAAUGUUGUUCCAAUCAAAGCUGACCCUGGACAAAGUUCCCCUCCAAAAAAGGCAGCAAAGCCUAAGAGGGUGCCAGUGGCAAGACCUGGCCUUGCAAGGAGAGGGCAGCCGAUUAACCUCUUAACCAAUCAUUUCAGAGUUGCUGUUCGAAAUGUAGAUGACUACUUCUAUCAUUACAGUGUUUCCUUAAAAUAUGAAGACGAUCGUCCUGUUGAUGGGAAGGGUAUUGGUAGAAGGGUAAUUGACAAAUUGCAGCAGACUUACGACACUGAGCUGGGAAACAAGGAUUUUGCAUAUGAUGGAGAAAAAAGUCUGUUCACCAUAGGUGCCCUUCCUCAAGUGAACAAUGAGUUUACUGUUGUGCUUGAGGACAUGUCCUCGGGCAGAACUGGCAAUGGAAGCCCAGGAGGACAUGACAGCCCUAGUGAAAGUGACCGCAAGCGACAGAGGCGUCCAUAUCACGCGAAGACUUUUAAAGUUGAACUUAGUUUCGCUGCUAAGAUACCUAUGCAGUCCAUUGCUAUGGCUCUAAAGGGUCAAGAGACAGAAAACUGUCAAGAAGCUUUGCGGGUUCUCGAUAUCAUUUUAAGGCAGCAUUCAGCAAAGCAGGGGUGCCUUCUUGUGCGCCAGUCCUUUUUUCAAAACAAUCCUUCAAAUUUUACUGAAAUUGGUGGUGGUGUCUUGGGAUGUCGGGGUUUUCACUCCAGCUUUCGGCCUGCGCAAGGUGGCCUAUCGUUAAACAUUGAUGUCUCAACUACCAUGAUUGUCAAACCAGGGCCAGUAAUUGAUUUUCUAAUCGCCAACCAAAAUGUUAGGGAUCCCUAUAGCAUAGACUGGGCCAAAGCUAAGCGGAUGCUUAAAAAUUUGAGGAUAAAGGCAGGUCCAUCAAAUUCUGAAUUUAAGAUCGUUGGUUUGAGUGACUUACCUUGCGACCAGCAAAAGUUUGUACUAAAGCAGAGGAGUGGUGGGAAUGGUGAUGAUAUUCAUACAACAGAAAUAACAGUCUAUGAGUAUUUUGUCAAGUAUCGUCAUAUAGAGCUAAGGUAUUCUGCUGAUCUGCCAUGCAUUAAUGUUGGUAAACCAAAGCGCCCCACUUACUUUCCUAUUGAGCUCUGCACCUUAGUAUCAUUGCAACGGUAUACAAAGGCAUUAACGAAUCUUCAAAGAGCUUCACUUGUGGAAAAAUCAAGGCAAAAACCUAAAGAGAGGAUGGAUGUUUUAACAGGGGCUUUAAAAUACAACAAUUAUGAUGCCGAUCCAAUGUUGCGGGCGUGUGGUGUUUCUAUAAAUACCCAGUUCACUCAAGUGGAUGGUCGUAUUUUGCCUGCCCCUAAGUUGAAAGUUGGCAAUGGUGACAUCUUUAUUCCAAUGAAAGGGAGAUGGAACUUCAACAACAAAAAACUGAUUGAGCCCACGACAGUGGAUCGAUGGGCUGUUGUGAAUUUUUCUGCUCGUUGUGACAUACGGAAUCUCGUAAGGGACCUGAUCAAAUGCGGAAGCAUGAAAGGAAUUGACAUAGAUCAACCCUUUGAUGUGUUUGAAGAAAAUCCUUCCAUGCGGAGGGCUCUGCCUGCUGCAAGAGUGGAGGAUAUGUUUGAAAGGAUCAAGUCAAAACUUCCUGGAGCCCCACGGUUCCUUCUAUGCCUUUUGUCGGAAAGGAAAAACUCUGAUGUUUAUGGUCCUUGGAAGAGAAAGUGUCUUUCUGAAUUUGGAAUUGUCACGCAAUGCAUUGCCCCAACUAGAGUCAAUGAUCAGUACUUGACCAAUGUUUUGCUGAAGAUUAAUGCCAAGCUUGGUGGAAUGAACUCUUUACUGCAAAUUGAAGAUUCUCCAACUAUUCCAUUUGUUUCCAAGACUCCCACCAUUAUUUUGGGUAUGGAUGUUUCACAUGGCUCACCUGGUCGAUCUGAUGUUCCCUCGAUUGCUGCGGUCGUAAGUUCGCGACAGUGGCCACGCAUUUCUAAAUAUAGAGCUUCUGUGCGGACCCAGUCGCCGAAAGUUGAAAUGAUAGACAACUUGUUUAAGCCUUCAACAGAUGGUGAUGAUGAAGGCAUAAUUCGGGAACUGCUGAUUGAUUUUUACACCAGUUCUGCGAAAAGAAAGCCUGAACAAAUUAUUAUUUUCAGGGAUGGAGUAAGUGAGUCGCAGUUUAAUCAGGUCUUAAACAUCGAGCUGGAUCAAAUUAUUGAGGCUUGCAAGAAUCUUGAUGAACAGUGGUCUCCUAAGUUCACUGUGAUAAUUGCUCAGAAAAAUCAUCACACAAAGUUUUUCCAAGCUAAUAACCCUCAAGAGAAUGUUCCACCUGGCACAGUAGUUGAUACCAAAAUAUGCCAUCCACGAAACUAUGAUUUCUACAUGUGUUCACAUGCAGGGAUGAUUGGUACCACUAGGCCAACUCAUUAUCAUGUUCUUCAUGACGAGAUUGGUUUCACAGCUGAUGAUCUGCAGGAUCUUGUACACUCGCUUUCCUAUGUUUACCAGAGGAGCACAACUGCCAUUUCUGUAGUUGCACCCGUUUGCUAUGCCCACCUAGCGGCGACGCAGCUGAGUCAGUUUAUCAAGUUCGACGACAUGUCCGAUACUUCUUCAAGCCAUGGUGGAUUCUCAGCAGCUGGGGGUUACUCUGUUCCAGAGUUACCCAGGCUGCAUGAAAAGGUGUGCAAUUCCAUGUUUUUUUGCUAAGGUGGCUGUGCUGUGUAUGGCAGAGCCAUUUUUUGUUUAUCAGGAUAGAACUAAUUUAGCAGUUGCUGGAAACUGUUUGCGCAUGUCUUGGCCCUUGUUGAAUUUGGAUUAUGCAAGACACUUGCAGCCAGGAGAUUUGGAAAACAGGAUGCAAGUUUUGUCCAUAGUGGUUUAUGUCUGCAGAUUAUUCUGUAUGAGCACAUAUUAUUACUCUGUCACUGGAAGCUUCUUAGUUUCUCUUUUGCAUACAGCUAUCA